AUGCACUCAAGUUUCUACGAUAUAUUGAAGUACAGCCACAAGACUUUGGCAAUGCUCAUUGUUACCUUUUUCGAUCAUGAUAUGGAUUUUGCCACGGCAUUAUGCAGCUUACCGUCAAAUUUUCCAGUAGCAAGCAUUAACUGGUGGCAAGAUCUAGGUCAUUGGGAAUUACAUGAUGAAUUUAGUGAAAGAAUAACUAUGAUGAGCCCCAACUUACCUCCUGGAGUUGUGGGUGACCAUUUUCUGAUCAUUGAUGACGCCCUCAUUGAGCGUUUUGUAGUGAAGAUGAAAAGCAAGGCGAAUAAUGUGCAAUUAGCUACACUCAAGAAGUUUUACACAGGAUUGGAAUUACGUCAAAUAUACUCGGAAAGCUUAAGAAAUAGAAAAAAAGUUGCUUUUGCCUCAAGAUGGAGAAAGGAAACGACGGGCACCUCCUUUGGAUCCCUGGAGAUCCACAUGAUCAAAAUUUAA